AAAAUAAAGGCUGUGAAAGCGAUGAAUCCUCUAAAUCUCAAAUUUCUGUAAAUGUUGAACAACUAUCAUUAGAGAAUAAUGGAAUGAAUGUGUCAGAAGAUAGUGAUGAAAGUAAUGAAAAAAGAAUGCAUGCAGAUUCAGAAAAUAAAGAUAAUUAUAGAGCUGAUAAAAGGCAGGAGCUUUUUAGAAAGAGUAAAACUGGCAGUAGCUCGGCAAAUGAAAAAAUAGAUAACAACCAAGAAUCUUCCGAGAAGAGUAUAGAAAUUAGUAGCUCAGAAGAUAGAGAAAUAGAUAAAAGCCACGAAUCUUCCGAAAAGAGUAAGGAAAUUAGUAGCUCGGAAGAUGAAGACAUAAACGAAAGGCAAGAAUCUUCCAAGAAAAGUAAGGCAGUUAGUAGCUCGGAAGAUAAAGAAGUAAUCAAAAAAACAAAGCCUCGAAACGCUAAGACAGUUUACAACUUGGAAGAUGAAGAAGCGGAUGAAAGUGUCAAGCAUUACGAAAACAAUGAAGCAAUUAGUUCUUCGGAAGACGAUGUAGAAAUGAAUGUUGUCGAACAUUUUUUUGAUGCAUCGAAGGAAAAAACUGAUAAUAAAUAUAUCAAUAAAAAAGAUAAAACAAAUUUAUCUAGCGAAUCAGUAAUUUCAAAGAAUAAAAAAAUUGCAAAAACUUUCUUCACGGAUUCGGAACAGAGUAGAUCGGGAAAAGAGAACAGUGCGCCUGUUUCUGAUGAAGAAAAUGAGACGAGCCUAGAAAUACCAAAUGAAGCGGUAAGCAAAAAAACGAAGUCAAUAGAGGUAGAAGACAUCCACAGAGGCGACUCGGACGAUAAAAUUUCUGAAAGUGACAGUGACGAAAUAUUUUCCGGCGAUGAGUUGCGGUCCAAAAAAACUGAUCGAAAAAAUUUAUUACAGAAUGUCCGAGUAAAAGAGGCGUUAAAGAAAAUUGAUGAAACCAACGCAAAUUCCGAGGAAAUGUUUGACAGCACUGCUUCUGAAAUACCGAACACACCAAUCAAGUCUCCUAUCUUGUGUGAUAAAAAAAAAUCACUUCGUAAGACUCUCCACGCAACACAGCAAACCAUCCUAUUGGAUUUAGAAAAUGAAAUGAAAUCAUCUAGUAAUGAUGAUGGGCAUGGAACUACCAAAGAAACAGAAGAUUCGAACGAGAACCACGAGGGAGAAGAGAUAGAAGUUGAAGUACAACUAGAAAAGGAAAAUGAAAUGGAAGACAACAAUGAAGUUGAAGAAGAAACUCAAGCUCAAGAUAAACAAAAAGGGUCAAACGCUCACAAUACGGGGGAUGAAAUCGAUAUAGAAAUUCGAAAAAAAAACCUACAAGAUUCGAAAUCUGAUACGUCCUCUGAUUCUGAAAUCAGCGAUCACGAGUCAAUAGUGGAAGACAACUCUGAUGAUGAUGUAGUUUUGAUUGAUGGCGCGAGUGAUAGUGUAGUGAAAAAGAACAAGAAAGUCAAAAAAUUUAAGAAAAAAUCGAAUAAACUAACAAUAAAGACUAAAACACGCUCUAAUAUUUCUCCCGAUAGCUCGUCGUCGGAAGAUCACCUGCAAUCGCGUAUUAAGCGACGCAUUGUGAAGAAGCGAGCAUUAUCCCAUGACAGCAGUGACAAGGAAGUCAGCGUGCAACCAUUGGUGAAACGCCACUGUCAGCGAAGCAGUUUCAUUGUCCAGAAUAAUCGACACUUCAAAGCCGACAAAAAGCUACGUUUGCUGUGUAGGGUUGUCCUUAAACGAUUGCCCAAAAAAGUCCUUAAAAAGUACGCGAGGGCCUUGGCAGAUUCCAAAGCUUAUCUAGCUAAUAAAGAGUUUUACAGUCUUACCAAUUUAGACAGCUUAGAGGCCAAGAGAAAAUCCAAAAAACGUGUAAACAACGAAGCAUCGAAGGAUGAAAACGACAAGAGUACAAAAGCAAAAAGAAAAACUAAACAAGAGGAAAAUCUCAGUGACGAUCAAGUAGAGGAGGAGGAGGAGGAGGAAAGCGAGGUCGAUUCCGAUUCUGACGUAUCAAACAAAGUUAGUGACCAUGAGCUUUGUAUUUUUAAUGUUGAGCAGGACUUAAUGGGAGAUGCUGAAAUUUUCGAAAACGAAACUAAGGAAGCUCUACUCAAUAGUUCCUGUUCCAAUAGUGAAAACGAACAAUUGACGGAAGAAGUUGAUAGCGACAAUGAAACACCACAAAAAUCAAAAACCAAAACAACUAAAGCAAACAACAAAGAAACUGAUGCCAUGGAUGUAUCAAAUAAAAACACUGAUGACAACGAAGAUGAAAAUGAUGAUGAAAGUGACGACGAUAAGGAAGAGGCAGAUGAACAAGAUGAAAAUAAAAGAGGUGAAUGGAAAAAAGAUUCUUUGUUUAGCUUUAAUGUAACCGACAUGGAAUCGGAAAAAGAAAAGAAAUCCCAGGAAAGAACAAAAGUGAAGAAAGAAAACGAGAAGGAUAACAAAAGCAAUAAAGACAAAAUUGAAACAAUUGAUGAAUCGCCCAUCAAGGAGAAAGUCAGUAAGAGAGGUAGAAAACAACGUAAAACUAGAAGGAUUCUAGAUUCUGAAUCAGAUGGGAAUAAUGACUCUAGUGAAGAGGAACAGGAUGAAGAGAUUAAGGACGUGUCGGAUGAAGACUUUGAACUCGAAGCUGAAAAAAAAAAAGAUGGAAAGAAGGGAAAAAAACGGCGUCCUAAAUCUUCUGACUCUGAAACCUCGUCGAGUGAAAAAAAGUCAAAAUCGAAAAGGAAACGCAUAAAGAAGGUUGCAAGUGACGACAGCGACUCUGACAAGGACUCGCCUGGCAAGGGUAGAAAGAAUAUUCGUAAAGUGUUGAGAGACAAACACGUCGCUGAUGAUACUAAAAAAGCUGCUCAAGAGGAAGAGGAGCGUUUAAAACGUAUUGCAGAUCGUCAAAAGUUGUUUAAUGAAAUGUAUGACGCUAAACUAGCUGGUGAAGCCAAAGUCGACAAGCUGGUGCUAGAUUUUGAUGAAGAAACAAAAAAAGAACUUGUCGUCGUUGAUGCUGAACUGGUAAAACGUCUAAAACCUCAUCAAGCUAAGGGUAUAAAAUUUAUGUGGGAUGCUUGUUUCGAGUCCCUGAAACAAAUCGAAAAGUCAGAGGGUUCAGGGUGUAUUAUUGCUCAUUGUAUGGGUCUUGGUAAAACGUUUCAAGUCGUCACUUUAGUGCACACUCUUCUCGCUCACGAAGAUACUGACGUUAGAACUGUGAUGAUUGUAUGUCCUUUGAGUACAGUAUUAAAUUGGGUCAAUGAGUUCAAAAUGUGGUUAAAACAUACAAAGAAUGGCGAUGAUAUCGAAAUUUUCGAAUUGACGAAAAUGAAGAAAAACGGUGACAGAAAAGGCAUGCUGGAGAAUUGGCAAAAAACCGGGGGUGUUUUGAUUAUUGGUUAUGAAAUGUUUCGUAAUUUAACCAGUACCGGUAGAAAAAUGCGAAAAGCCAUGCAAGAGUCGGUUACGAGGUCGCUGGUAGAUCCUGGCGCUGACCUUGUAGUUUGCGAUGAAGGGCACUUACUUAAAAACGAAGAUUCUGCUCUCAGCAAAGCCAUGAAACUCGUCAAAACAAUGAGAAGAAUCGUAUUGACAGGAACGCCUCUUCAAAAUAAUUUGAAAGAAUAUCACUGUAUGGUUCAGUUCGUAAAACCUAAUUUACUUGGUACCAAGAAAGAAUUUUUGAAUAGGUUUGUGAAUCCGAUUACAAAUGGACAGUUUGACGAUUCAACGGCGUAUGAUGUAAAAAUAAUGAAAAAACGGGCCCAUGUUUUACACAAAAUGUUAGAGGGUAGCGUUCAAAGAUUCGAUUAUUCUGUUUUGACGCCCUUCUUACCACCAAAACAGGAGUAUGUUAUAUUCGUCCGGCUAACAGAAGUGCAAAUUAAGAUGUAUCAACAUUACUUAGACAACUUCGCCAGACGAUACAGUGGGCGAAAUGGCUCGUUGUUUGCUGAUUUUCAAGAACUACAACGCAUUUGGACGCACCCUUUUGUUUUACGUUUGAAUGCUGAAAAAAUUGACAAAAAAAACGAGAAGAAACGCUUGGAAGCUAGUGAUUCUGAAGGUUCCUUGAAAGACUUUAUCGAUGAUGAUAGCGAUUCGGAAGCCAGUAAUGUAAGCAGCAGUGGUGGUAGUAGCAGUAGUAGCGAUGUACAAUGCAUAGAUUCUGAUACCGAGAAACGGCCCGUCAAAAUGACAAGAGCUGCUCGGAUGAAUUUAAAAGAAGUAUUACAAGAUGAAGUUCCUAUAGUUCAGGCUACAACUGAAGAAACAGCUUGGUGGUCCAAAUUUGUAGAAGAGAAACAUUUUGAAGAUAUGCGUAUUUCUGCGAAACUUAUGCUUUUGUUUGGCAUUUUAAAAGAAAGCGAACAAAUCGGUGAUAAAGUGCUUGUAUUUUCGCAGUCGUUGUAUUCAUUGUCGCUCAUAGAAAGUUUCUUAAGGUUCAUUGACGACGAAACGCAAAAUAAUGGCGAGAAAGCCGAGUUCUUGGACAAUCAUAGUGGCAAAUGGCUGCUAAAUCAGGAUUAUUUCAGGCUCGAUGGUUCUACUUCAGCUGAGAAUCGUAGUGCUUGGUGUAAAAUAUUUAACAGCCAGAAAAAUACACGUGCCAGAUUGUUCUUGAUAUCGACAAGAGCAGGUGGGUUAGGUAUUAAUUUGACAGCUGCCAACAGGGUUAUUAUUUUUGAUGCCAGUUGGAACCCGUCUCAUGAUGUACAAAGUAUAUUUAGAGUAUACCGAUUUGGACAAAAAAAGCCCUGUUAUAUUUAUCGCUUUCUUGCUGCUGGUACAAUGGAAGAAAAAAUUUAUAAUCGUCAAGUAACGAAAUUAUCGUUGGCUUGCCGAGUAGUCGACGAACAACAAAUAGAACGCCAUUACAGUAACAAUGACUUGGCUGAAUUGUACCAGUUUGAAACCUACGAAGAUAAACAUCCUACGCUAGCUUUACCCAAAGACCGAAUGUUAGCUGAAAUCUUUUUGAAGUACAAGGAUUUCGUUUAUAAUUAUCACGAGCAUGAUUCGUUGCUUGAAAAUAAGGAAGAAGAAGAGUUGGAUGAGGAAGAACGAAAGCAGGCUUGGGCUGAGUACGAGGAAGAAAAGCAAGGAAAACGACAAAUGUAUAAUAUAGGCAUGAACAAUACGAUGGGUGGUAUCAACCAACUUUUCAUGAAUAUGAACAACUCUCCUGAAUUCGAAGGAAUGAAAAUGCUAAUUCAAAAAGACUAUCCGCACAUGCCAGCCGAACAUCUAGAAUCAGUUGCUAGACAAGCUAUGUUUGAAAUGUACCGAUUCGUCGAUCAACAAGGAAUUAAUCCAGGUUUAGCUCCGUUUGCUCCAGGACAUUUACAAGGAAACGUGUUUGGAGCUCCUCACAUACCUCAGAUGACGCAUCAACAGCACACAAUCAAUCAGCAAAAUCAACUGAUGAACCUAUUAGCUCCAGCACCACAAAUGAAUUAUCAAGGCGUCAAUCACAUGCCAGCGUACUCUGGAAGAGGGCGACCGCCCAAACAUUUGUCAAAUCCUGUAUACAAUCCGUUGAGACAAAUGCAAAUGCCUAUGCAAAUGCCCAUGCAAAUGCCAAUGCAAAUGCCAAUGCCUAUGCAGAUGCAACAUUCACAAAUGCUAGAUCAACAAAAUGCAGAUGAUUUAGAGGUACUUAUGGAAAAAGGACUCCCACUUAAUAACGAUAUCACUUCCAACACUAAUAACAAACCAGAAGAAUAAGUGUAAAGUGAUUUUAUUUAGUACUAAUCUUUUUAUUCCUAUUAAAAUUUAAUAUUGUCAUUUUUGUAAAUAGUUAUUAAAUUAUAUAAGUAGAGGUAGUAAAAAAACUUGUGUUUUAAUAAAGGAAAAAUCAGUUAGUGCAAAAAGCAAGAUGUGACUUAGUUCAUAGGUAGCUUACAAAUAUAAAAUUAUAUCGCUGGUUAACAUGUUUCCUAAAAAAAAAAAAAAAAUAAUUAAAAAUU